GCGGCCAUUGGCAACGUUGCGCAGUGCCAGAGAGAGAGAGAGCUGUGAGGGUGGCACUUGUGCGGCAAACACACCCAAUGUUUGUGUUUUCGAAUUUUUCGUGAUACUACGAGUUGUUGGUGGUCGUUUGGCAAGGCAUGUAGCGCCGUCGUCAAACCGCUCGAGAUGUGGACGACGACGAAAACAACUAAAUACGGCGUCGCUGUUUACAAUUGGCGAGGUGACACGCGCUAUGGCCUCCCACUGGAGAUCGGAGAGACCGUGCAGAUCCUGGAGGAAUGUAUAGGUUGGUACAGAGGCUUUUCGACCAAGAACCGCGCGGUCAAGGGAAUUUUCCCCAGCUCCUACGUCUACUUGAAACCAUGCAAGAUCGAGAACGAAGGGUUGUUCGAGUCGGUGAUACCUCUGGAAGAUCCGGUGGUCCGAGAAGUGACCCUCGUACUUCGAGAAUGGGGCGGUAUAUGGAAGAGACUAUACGUGGAGCGGGAAAACUACAAAUUCACCACGCUGCGCAAAGUGAUGCGGGAAUUGCUGGAAUGGCGUCGACAACUUUUGGCCGGCACCCUUACCACCGAUCAAACGCGGGAGCUGAAGUUGAAAAUUAUCAACAAAGUGGACUGGGGAAACCGAAAACUAGGCUUGGACUUGGUGCCCCGCCAGGGUGCUCAUAUGGUGGACCCGGACACGAUGUCGGUCGUGGAGCUUUAUCACGUGCACGUUCAAAGCGCGGAAAAUUCGCAAGGGGCGUCAGCCAGAGGAACUCUUAGGCGGAAGGAGCACAAGAAGGUCCUGACCCAUCAUCUCUAUUUCUGCAUGAGAGAUUUCGGGCAUAUAAUCGGCGAGGACACGGAGAUUUACUUCUCGUUGUACGAUGCGAAGCGGAAUCAAUAUCUAAGCGAGCGUUUCCUGGUGCGAAUCUCGAAGGAGGGAUUCUCCAGCUUCGUGGAAAUGAUCCACUGCAACUGCACGAUCUUCACGGACCUCGGGAACGCGGACCUAAGCAGAGACCUCUACAUGGUUGCACAUGUGAUGCGAUGCGGGAGAAUGCUGUACUCCGAUUCCGGCAAAAACAAAGCGGGCUCCGCCACUUACAGGAGACCCCAUGGCGUCGCGGUGCUCUCCCUCGCCGAAGCCACGCAGGAUCACACCGAGGAACUCGAGAUGACGCUCAAGGUGUGUCAAGGAGAAGAGAAGGACUUCCACCAACUACACGAGCAGAUUAUCCGCAACAACAAGUGUUCACCGCUGCCGGGCCAGCCCAAUUACGGCAUUGUGGUUUCGCUGCGCGUCCUCCAUGGCGAGUUGUCUCAAGUGCGAGAGGAGAAUCCCUUGCUCUUCAAGAAUAUCUGCUUAACGAAGAAGCUCGGGUUCUCUGACGUGAUUAUGCCGGGUGACGUGCGGAAUGAUUUGUACCUGAAACUGGAACGCGGCGAGUUCGAGCGAGGUGGGAAAUCUACAGGGAAGAACAUCGAGGUGACGAUUUUGGUGCUGGACUCGGACGGACAACCCUUGGAAGAGUGUUUGUUUGGCGCCGCUGGAAUGGAGGGCAGUUCCGCAUAUCAAAGUUUGGUUAUUUAUCAUCACAACAGCCCAUCCUGGGCCGAGACGGUGCGACUGGCUAUACCUAUAGACAAAUUCUACGGUAGCCACGUCCGCUUCGAAUUUCGGCACUGUUCCACACGCGAAAAGAAUGACAAGAAGUUGUUCGCGUUUGCCUUCGUGCGUCUUAUGGAGCCCGGAGGAGCUACACUUCAGGAUGGCCCUCACGAAUUGUACAUUUACAAGUGCGAGGAUCGUUCCAAGUUGGACUCGCUAAGUUACCUCUCGUUGCCUAGUUGUGCUCGAGAACCGAAUGCAACAGGUAAGAGUUUGUUCGAGAACUUGCAAGAUCCCAGGGUUUCUCUGCGUCGUGAGUUCGUGCAUACGUUACUCUGCAGCACGAAGUUGACGCAAAACGUAGAUCUACUGAGUCUGUUGCAAUGGAAGGCACACCCGGAACGAAUUUCGGAGGCUCUUGGUCGUGUCUUACGGCUGGAUGGAGAGGAAUUGGUCAAGUUCCUGCAGGACAUUUUAGAUGCGCUCUUUUCCAUGUUUCAUACAGAGGAUGGCAACUCCACGGCACAUUCGGGUUUAGUCUUCCAAGUGCUCGUCUCAAUAUUCAGCCUCCUCGAAGAUUCCAAGUUUGAGCAUUUCAAACCUGUCAUGGAUGCGUACAUUUCCGGUCACUUCGCCGCUGCCUUGGUGUACAAGGGUCUUCUGAGUAGCGUGCAGCAUUGCGCGGAUUGGGUGACCGCGGCGGAAAAGCAGGAACCCAUAAUCAAGUGUUUCCGUUCUCUGGAGUAUAUCUUCAAGUUCAUCAUUCAGAGUCGUCUGCUGUUUGCUAGAGCGACGGCUGGUCAAUACGAGGACAGCUUCAAGCGAGAUCUUUACUGCGUGUUCGCUGCGUUGAACAAGAUGUUGGGCAUUCCAUACGAGAUGGUCCUUCAUUCUCAGAUAGCGUUACUCUACUCGAUCUCGGCAGUUUUCGAACAACUGGUUGCCGUACUACCGGUCCUCGAAGUAGCCAAACUUACUUGCACGAUGCUCGACUCGGUGCCAAGGGAGCCACCACUGCAGCUCACACAGGCCAAAUUGACUGCCAUAAAGAAUUUAAGUACUUCCGCGUUGUUUCGUGACGACGACGAAAGUAGGAAUCUACUGUUAGUUACGAUGUGCAGACACCUGAGGUUCCAUUUAGUUAGGCGAGAGGAACUUCGUUCCUGCACUGACAUUCUCGGCGAAAUCCUCAGCUUCUUGCACAAAAGGGGGCGAGAUACGAAUAAAGUCAACAACUGCAUUCAUCACGACGUCGAGACCUUGUGUCUCUCCGUUUUGGAUGUCUUGGUACAGACCAUACUGAUCGUCAUAAACACCAGUGGCCCCGUACUGGGCUGCCUAGUAGCUUGUCUGAUAGGGUUGCUUCAGCUACUCGACGAGUAUCACUAUGCUCGACUCUGGGAGGAGCUGUCUCACGCUGGUGAACGACAACCCCUCAAGGAUUUUCUUCUAAGAGUCUUUCUGGUUCUCCGUGAUCUUGUUAGACAGGAAGUGUUUCCGCCUGACUGGCUGGUAAUAAGAAUGCAGGCAAACAGUAUCAUCCUGAAGUCCCUGCAGGAGCUCGCUCAACCUUUGGCUUUUCGUUUCCUGCACGGUAUCUUCAAUUCGCAGCUCUGGUCCACGUACUUUAAUCUUGCUGUAGCAUACCUCACCCAGCCUUCUCUGCAACUCGAACAAUUUUCCGAAGUGAAACGCGAGAAAAUUGUCGAGAAAUACGGGGACAUGAGAGUGCUGAUGGGCUUUCAAAUACUCUCGAUGUGGUCUUACUUGGGCGAUCGUAAGCUGGAAUUUAUUCCUGGAAUGGUGGGCCCCUUUUUGGAGGUCACCUUAGUCCCAGAGAGCGAACUGAGGAAGGCCACUUUGCACAUCUUCUUCGACAUGAUGGAGUGCGAGCAACGCGCGCGUGGUAACUUUAAAUCCGUGGAAUCGGAAUUGAUUGACAAACUGGAUAUUUUAAUCAGCGAGAACAAAGGUGACGACGAGUACAGGCAGUUGUUUAACACGAUAUUAUUGGACAGAGUUCUGUCAGAAGAUCCAGCUUGGAAGGACAGCGGAACUGCUUUCAUCACGUCAAUUACACGUUUACUGGAAAGACUGUUAGAUUACAGGAGCGUAAUACAAGGAGACGAGAAUCGCGACAAGCGUAUGUCGUGUACUGUUAAUUUAUUGAAUUUUUAUAAGAACGAAUUCAAUCGAAAGGAGAUGUACCUGCGCUAUAUUUACAAGCUUCACGACCUGCAUUUAGCAGCUGAGAAUUAUACAGAAGCCGGAUUUACGAUGAAGUUGUACGCUGAUCAACUUGGUUGGGGUUCUACGAUCUUGCUUCCGGAUCACUCGCAUCCGCAACAGCCAGAGUGGCAAAGAAAGGAGGUCCUUUAUUAUAAAAUAAUUCAUUACUUAGACCGAGGCAAAUGUUGGGAGAAAGCUAUCCCAUUAUGCAAGGAGUUAGCUUUGUUGUACGGAGUUAGAUUGUACGAUUAUGCGAAACUGAGUCAUGUAUUGAAGUUGCAAGCCAAAUUCCUGGAUAAUAUAUUGACGCAACUUCGACCGGAACCGGAGUAUUUUAGAGUAGGCUUCUACGGUCUUAGUUUUCCCCUUUUUGUUAGGAAUAAACUAUUCAUUUAUCGCGGUCUAGAGUACGAGAGAAUAGGUGCGUUCACCCAACGAUUACAGACUGAAUUUCCAAGCGCACAAAUAUUAAUGAAGAACUCUCCACCGGAUGAAAGCAUCCUUACUUCCGAAGGACAAUAUAUACAAAUAUGCAACGUGAAACCGGUUCCUGAAGAGAGCAGUUUAGCCUGUCGUGGAGCGGAAGUGCCAGAGAGAGUGGUCGCGUUUUAUCUAGUGAACGAUGUCCGGAAAUUUAUCUUCGAUCGACCGCUGCAUAGAGGAACAGUCGAUCGCGAGAAUGAAUUUAAAUCUCUUUGGAUCGAAAGGACCACGUUGACCACCGAAGCGAAGUUACCCGGUAUACUCAGGUGGUUCGAGGUGAUUGAGAAAAGAUCUGAGCUAUUGGCGCCUGUACAAUAUGCCUGCGAGACGAUGCAGAGCGUGGAGAGAGAAUUACGGAGACUUGUCGCACAAUACACCGCGGAACCUCAUCGAAAUAUUAACCCCUUUAGCAUGCGACUCCAAGGCAUCAUCGACGCAAAUGUGAUGGGAGGCAUUACCAAAUACCAAGAAGCCUUUCUCACUCCCGAAUUCGCUAGACAGAAUCCAGAUAUGGUGCCUCACGUGAACAAAUUAAAGGGCUUGAUUCUUGAUCAGAUGAGCGUUUUAGAGGCUGGACUAAAUUUACACGGACAAAUCGCGCCAGCUGGGGUACAACCGCUACACAAAAGAUUGAACGAGAGAUUUACACAGCUGAAACAAGGCCUUGGUCCACUAGCGAGGCAACGGACAAUUCAUCAAGAUAGCAUUGUCAAUUCACCACUACCUCCGUUGCCCACCAACGAGAAGCAACGACCAGCUACAUUGGAAACGGUAGGCUCUAGGGCAUCUUAUGCGGACAGCGAUGGUCUACCAGAAGAUGAAGGUUUCUAUACAAAAGUAGACGGUGGACCGCCACCUAUCCCUCAACGAGAAGUACGACCACGUUCAGUGGGCUAUGGCAAUACUCCGCCUAGACCUACACAUCAAAGAACUCUAAGCAAGCCGCUAAGUCCAAAGUUACCACUAAGACAUUCCUUGCCCACGCCAACGGACGGCGUAGAUCAGACUGGUCUGAGAACCUCGUGGAGCGAGCCUGGUCCCGAACCAGCUCCACCAUUGCCACCUAGAGGUUGCACGCCUGAUAAGAGAGACACGAAUACGAAUACAGUGGUUCCACCUGCACCCCCAAAACGUCUAACGUACAAACGUAAUACGGAGUGGAGCACGGACGAUGAUUCGGAAGCGCAAAACGAGCCAAACGAUCUCCGUGACAGUGGUAUAUCUACUGCCAGUUUAUUAGAUUUCCAAUCGCAUUUGACUAAUUUGAAUAACCUCGGUUACGAGGAUUUCGAACCACGGACAAGGUGCAAUGAUAUCAUGAAUAUUUCACCACCGUCUGUGAUAAACGCGUUGAACGUUUCUACGGGGAAUUUCGCGAGCGGUACGUUCCAAGGAUCGCACUCUUUGCCAGGUCAAGAGGUGAGUCCACCACCCAUACCGCCAAAGGCACAUCAAGAUACUCCUUCGGCACCGUCGACAUUGGAAAGAGUAUCGAAUCGCUCACAGACUCAUGGCCAUUCGGAGAAUUAUUCGGUGCCGAAACUCCAAACAUUGUCUAUGGCGUCUGAUACCGAAAGCACUGUGUAGCAACGAUGAAUCUCCUAGUCCUAGCGGUUAAUUGUGAUGUGCGUGUGCCACAGUUAAGCAGAUCUGAUUCGUAUAUGUAUCAGCAAAACUUCGACGACUCACACGAUUAUUGGCAAACACGUAAUUAACGAUUGAAUUUAAUUGGGUUUGCACAGCAAGGUCUCUGACAUUUGCACAUCAUUUUAUAUAUAUAUAUAUAUAUAUAAAUAUAUAUGAAACCUGUAAUAAUCGACAUCUUCUAAUGCGUAACUCGAUAAGGAUUACACCCACCUGUGUAUAACGUACCUUAGUAGAAACGUGGUAUCGAAAUGCCGGGAACGAGCAAGAAUCGUCGAUGCCGAUUCGAUGAUAAAUUCAAACUAUGUUCAAAUUUGAUCGGAUGGAAUUUAUCUGGUAGAGCUCGGCAAUCGUGAGAUACCUUAUUGACUUUAUGUUAAAGACGACGAUCUUCCGAAUACUAACCUAACUAUAUUUUGUAAUUUAUUUAUAUUUUCAAUGAGAAUAAAGGUAAUUUUUAUCAAUGAGACUGUGGUGCAGACCUGUGCGAACACCAAAUUAUUUAAAUAGCUAACAGGAAAGAGAAAGGUGAACGAACGGAGUAUAGAAAAGUUGCCAUCACUUGAUGAAGGAUAUAUAUAAAUUAUGUAUUUUGUCACAUUCUUUUCAUAUAAAUAUAUACAAAACUAUGAAAACUG